GAUAACAGACGCAACUAAAUUACAGCUGCUCUAAAUAUUCAGAAAUUCAAUACUAAAUUUUCGGCUUUAAGUUUUCUUCUUCUCUCUUCCCUAAUCUCUCAAGAUCUCUCCGCUUCUCUUACAGUGUCUCUCCUGAGCUUCUCUGCCGAUUCAACAGGUGAAUAUCUCUCCACCUUCACUCCUUAUCUCUUCCUUACACACAUUCUAUUUGUUCUACUUCUCUUACUUUAUUUUCCGCUCUAUUCUUUUCACCUUCUGUUAAUCUACCAACAAUGGCUUCCAGUCUUCCCAUCUGCUGACCUUUCUCCGUAACUUUUUUACCUUCUGCCGAUUGCGACCUAGUUAUACCUUUCAGCUUUCAUGAAAGUUGGUGGCUAGAUCUAAAAUCGUUAGAUCUUGGCACUAAUCGCUGAUAGAUGUUGAGUUCAAGCUUCAACUUCCUCUUUUCUCUGGUUCUGAUUGCUUAGUCUCAGUCUAUAGGUUUGAACAUCUUCACCUCAUAUAAAUUUUUUGUUAAAUUUCUCAGACUUGGCUUAUUUUCAUGAGGAACGUCGGAAGAUUCUUUCCCGUUUCUCUUCUUGUUAUUUUCUUCUUGGGAUCUGUGCUUCCUGCUAUCUUAGCUGCGGAGUUUGUGGCACUUGAUAAGAUUUUACUAAAUUGUGGGGAGUCCUCGGAAGCUACCGAUUCCGAUAACAGGACCUGGAUUCCGGAUGUCCGAUCCACUUUUUUGUCCUCAUCCGGAGAUUCGAAGCCAGCCAAGGCUGCAACUCAGGAUCCCGCGGUUCCUGAAGUCCCGUUCAUGACAGCUCGUAUUUUCCACUCCGAGUUUACUUACAGUUUCCCUGUAGGAGCUGGUCGUAAGUUUGUUCGUCUCUAUUUCUAUUCCAAUUCUUAUGAUGGACUUAAUGCAACCAAUGCGCUAUUCUCCGUCUCAACCGGCUCCUAUACUCUUCUUAAGAAUUUCAGUGCUGCUCAAACCACCCUAGCUUUGAAUUAUGCUUUUCUUGUCAAGGAGUAUUCAGUUAACGUAGACGGUGGUACGUUGAACAUAACUUUCACUCCGUCUUCAACUCCUUCAAAUGCAUAUGCCUUUGUCAAUGGAAUUGAGGUUAUGUCUAUGCCUGAUAUUUAUAGCAGUACUGACGGAUCCUUGAUGAUUGUGGGUCAAUCCAGUCCAUUCACCAUCGAUAAUUCCACUGCUCUUGAGAAUGUUUAUCGAUUAAAUGUUGGCGGAAAUGAUAUCUCGCCUUCCGGUGAUACGGGACUGUUUAGGUCUUGGGGUGAUGACCAGCCAUAUAUUUUUGGGGCUGCAAUUGGUGUUCCUGUAACCGCUAGUCCAAACUUGUCCAUUCAGUAUCCCAAGGACAUGCCUUCUUAUAUAGCACCAAGGAAUGUCUAUGCAACUGCUAGAUCCAUGGGGCCAAAUUCUCAGAUCAAUCUUAACUACAAUUUGACCUGGAUUUUCAGUGUUGACCCCAGUUUCAAUUUCCUCGUAAGGCUCCACUUCUGUGAGGUUAUUGAAAAUAUUACGAAGAUCAAUGAGAGAGUCUUUAGCAUCUUCCUCAAUAAUCAAACAGCUGAGGAAUCGGCUGAUGUAAUAGCUUGGGCACAGAAUAACGGAGUUCCAGUUUAUAAGGAUUAUGUGGUUCUCGGUCCUGGUGGGAGUUCACAGCAGGAUCUAUGGCUUGCACUUCACCCAAAUACAGCCACAAAACCGCAGUAUUAUGAUUCCAUCUUAAAUGGAGUGGAAAUAUUCAAAAUAAGUGAUGAAAAUGGUAAUCUUGCAGGGCCCAAUCCUAUCCCAGGUCCUGUACAGGAAAAAAUUGACCCCUCAUUGGUUUUACCAUCUACUGGUCAUUCAAAAAGCCAGAAAGGGAUUAUUGCCGGUGGUGUUAGUGGUGGAAUUAUUCUAGCUCUUCUUAUUGGUUUCUGUGUUGUUGUUGCUUCUCGUCGUCGCAGGCAAGGGAAGGACCACAGUACAAGUGAUGGGCCAUCAGGAUGGCUUCCUCUAUCUCUAUAUGGAAAUUCACACUCUGCUGGCUCUGCAAAGACAAACACUACAGGAAGUUAUGCAUCCUCCCUCCCUUCAAAUCUUUGUCGACACUUCUCGUUUGCAGAGAUCAAGGCUGCGACCAAUAACUUUGAUGAAGCUCUGCUUCUUGGGGUUGGAGGUUUUGGUAAAGUCUACAAGGGAGAAAUUGAUGGUGGAACAACAAAGGUUGCAAUCAAGCGUGGAAACCCACUAUCUGAGCAAGGUGUGCAUGAGUUUCAGACUGAAAUUGAAAUGCUCUCAAAACUUCGGCAUCGCCACCUUGUUUCACUGAUCGGGUAUUGUGAAGAGAAUUGUGAAAUGAUCCUUGUUUAUGACUACAUGGCUCAUGGGACAUUGCGAGAACAUCUAUACAAAACCCAAAAGCCCCCUUUGCCAUGGAAGCAACGGCUUGAGAUAUGCAUUGGGGCUGCACGUGGUUUGCAUUAUCUCCAUACUGGUGCCAAACACACUAUUAUCCACAGGGAUGUUAAAACGACUAACAUUCUUUUGGAUGAGAAGUGGGUUGCCAAGGUUUCUGAUUUUGGAUUGUCGAAAACAGGUCCCACAUUGGAUCAUACACACGUGAGCACUGUUGUAAAAGGUAGCUUUGGAUAUUUGGAUCCAGAGUACUUCAGACGGCAGCAACUAACAGAUAAGUCGGAUGUUUAUUCUUUUGGGUAUCCGCUUUCCAUAGCAUGUUGGUCAUCUUUUAACAUUGCUAAAUGA